ACACGCCGUCCUGCCGCUGGCCUGGAUCAGGGAGCGCAAGAUGGCCGGGAGGGAGAGGGACCGGGAGCUGCUCCUCCCGGUGGUGGCCGGCGAGCACGCCGCCAGCGACGACGGCGACUCCGAGCCGACCACACCCGUCAUGGCCGGCCCGCCGCCGCCGCCAGCGUCGUUGCGCGAGCUACACCUGCACCACCACCCCACCGGCAUCGAGGCAUUGUCAAGAGUGAUUCGGAGCUGGGCAUGGAAGAAGUUCAUGUCUGGAUGCGUCAUCCUGCUCCCGAUCGCCAUCACCUUCUACACGACGUGGUGGUUCAUCCGCUUCGUCGACGGCUUCUUCUCGCCCAUCUACGUCCACCUCGGGAUACACCUCUUCGGUCUGGGGUUUGUCACCUCCAUCACCUUCAUCUUCCUCAUCGGCGUGUUCAUGUCGUCGUGGCUGGGCGCCUCGCUCCUCGGCCUCGGUGAGUUCUGCAUCAAGAGGAUGCCCCUCGUGCGCCACAUCUACUCGGCUUCCAAACAAAUCAGCACCGCGAUAUCACCAGACCAGAGCUCGAGAGCCUUCAAGGAGGUGGUGAUCAUCCGGCACCCAAGGAUCGGCGAGUACGCGCUGGGCUUCAUCACGUCCACGGUGGCGCUGCGCGGCGCCGGAGUCCGCGGCGACCAGGACCUCGCCUGCGUCUACGUGCCGACCAACAACCUCUACCUCGGCGACAUCUUCCUCAUGAGCCGCGCCGACGUCAUCAUCCCGGACCUCUCCGUCCGGGAGGCCAUCGGUAGUCAACUUCUUUCUCCUUGUGCCUACGGUGUUUUCAUGGAGAACUUUGAAGUUCUUGAUCUGAGUUCAUCUGAAUCGGGGAAUUUGUUGCAGAGAUUGUUCUCUCUGGCGGCAUGUCGGUGCCCAAGAUCAUAUCCGCGGUGGAGGGUGCCGUCGGCCUCGGCGACCAUGGCUGUGCGAUGAAGGACUCCUAGAACACUCUUCUUCCCUCCUGGCAGUUGACGGUAUAACUUGCAAGCAGCUGUGUGGUAUCCAAGGAUUCUGAUGUUUACA